UUUGGUGGGUUUGUUGUUGAUAAGAACAACUGAGGAAGACUCUGUUGAAGAACCUCCCAUGCAACCCUUCUCACCCCCAACACCACCAAAGUUCUCUCUUCUGUUUUUCUGUUUUGGUGCAGAGUGAUAGUUGCAUCCUAAGUAGGCUACAGAAGAAAUGACUAAAGAUGAAGACUUUAAGCUCCUCAAGAUCCAGACUUGUGUUCUCAAAGUGCAUAUACAUUGUGACGGAUGUAGACAGGAAGUGAAGAAACUCCUCCAGAGAAUUGAAGGUGUUUUCACAGUAAACAUAGAUGCAGAGCAACAAAAGGUCACAGUUUCAGGAACUGUAGAUCCUGCAACUCUGAUUAAGAAGCUGAUCAGAGCUGGUAAACAUGCAGAGAUUUGGUCUGCGAAAUCCAACAACAACCAGAAACAGCAGCAGGCAAAUUGCAUCAAAGAUGACAAGAAUGGCAAAGACCAAAAGCAGGGUCUGAUGAAGGGUCUCAAGGCCUUCACUAACCGGCAUAAGUACCCUACAUUUAGUUCUGAAGAGGAGGAAUAUGAUGAUGAUGUUGAUGAUGAAGAUUUUGAAGAAGGGUUACGGUUGCUUCAGGAGAAAGCUAACCAUCUGGGUUUGCUGGGACAGCAGGCUAAUAUGGUGGCUAAUGCAAAGAAAAAUGGUGCAGGGCCCCCAAACAAUGGUAAAAUGAAUAAUGGAGGAAAUGGGCAAGCUGGAAAGAAAGGCGGUGGGGGUAGCAAUGGCGGAGGAAAUCCUAACCAGAAUAUGGGUAUGAAGGGUGGGAUGGAUCAGAAGACAAUGGCAGCUGCCGGCCAUUUGGGUGGUGGGCAUCUAAAUGCCGGUGAGGUUAAAAAGGGGAAUGACAUCAAUGCCAUGUUAGCAGGUUUAAAUGGCCAUGGUUCUGGUGUUGGCCUUGGAGGGAAUGGAUUAGGGUUUCAAGCCCAGAUGAACAAUGGCUUCCAAGGGUCUUCUGCUGGAUUCCCAGCUGGUGGGUAUGCAUCAGCCGGGCACCAUCCUUCCAUGAUAAACCAUCCAUCUUCCAUGAUGAACACCUUGCAGGGUCACCAGUUCAAUCAUCCAUCAUCAUCAGCUGUGAACUUGCAGAACAGGAAUAAUAUCAAUUUGAUGAUGAAUGAGGCAAGGUAUAUGCAGCCCCAGAUGAUGUACAACAGGUCUCCCGUUAUCCCUCCCAGCACUGGCUACUACUACAACCCUUACCCUUACCCAUACCCUUAUCCUUACACUUACCCCAGCCCCCAGCCAGAUAACAGUGGUUCUCACUCUGCAACUCAUAUAUUUAAUGAUGAAAACACAAACAGCUGUGUUGUAAUGUAAAAAAUAUGUGGUCCAAGAGAGAGAGAGAGAGAGAGGACUACCUUUGAAUUAUUAGUUGGUAGCUAGCAUUAACAGAGGUGUUUUAAUGGAGGGGAGUGUAUGGAUGCCUCUGAGUGAUGAAUCUUCAUUUUUUUUUUUCCUUCAAUUUUUUAGUGUAAGUUGUUUGACAAUGCUUUGAUCCCUCUUGGCAAAUGUUUUGGUUUGUUUGUCCUUAA